AUGGUUAUUGCAAAAGUUUACACACAUAUUUUGCCUGUGUCUUAUUCCAAACAAUUGGAUCAAAAGCCACCUCCAGCUCUUACCACACAUAUAAUUUGUGAAAUCGUAACUAUUGUACAAGAAUUUUUGACAAACGCGUCACCUGUCAGAAUGGUCGGCAUGAGCAUGAGCUGUGAAAAGAUAUGUAUUGAAGAUAUUGCUGAUAGGCUGUUAAAAGUAUCGGGGUGUCCUACAGCUAUUUACUGGUCGUCAAACCCGUUCCCACACACGGAACUUACUUCUCAACAAGGAACAAUAAACUUCUUUGAAAGAAGACUUAGCGAACACCAAUUACCUUCAGUUGCAUUCUGA